AUGGGGUUCACAGGAGGCAACCGUCAGAACUCCUCAAGACACCAUGGUGACCAGAUGUCCAGGAGAUGUCCAAGAGAUGGAGGAUUCGGGAUCCACAGUACACCUUCUACUGGGACCCGCAGCACCUUCUACAGGGACCAGCAGCACCUUCUACAGGGACCCGCAGCACCUUCUACAGGGAUCCACAGUACACCUUCUACAGGGAUCCACAGUACACCUUCUACAGGGAUCCGCAGUACACCUUCUACAGGGAUCCACAGUACACCUUCUACAGGGAUCCACAGUAUACCUUCUACAGGGACCAGCAGCACCUUCUACAGGAAUCCACAGUACAUCUUCUACAGGGAUCCACAGUACACCUUCUACAGGGAUCCGCAGUACACCUUCUACAGGGAUCCACAGUACACCUUUUACAGAGAACCGCAGCACCUUCUACAGGAAUCCACAGUACAUCUUCUACAGGGAUCCACAGUACACCUUCUACAGGGAUCCACAGUACACCUUCUACAGGGAUCCACAGUACACUUUUACAGGGAUCCACAGUACAUCUUCUACAGGGAUCCACAGUACACCUUCUACAGGGAUCCACAGUACACCUUCUACAGGAAUCCACAGUACACCUUCUACAGGGAUCCACAGUACACCUUCUACAGGAAUCCACAGUACAUCUUCUACAGGGAUCCACAGUACACCUUCUACAGGGAUCCACAGUACACCUUCUACAGGGAUCCACAGUACACCUUCUACAGGGAUCCACAGUACACCUUCUACAGGGAUCCACAGGAUCCACAGUACACCUUCUACAGGGAUCCACAGUACAUCUUCUACAGGGAUCCACAGUACACCUUCUACAGGGAUCCACAGUACACCUUCUACAGGGAUCCACAGUACACCUUCUACAGGGAUCCACAGUACACCUUCUACAGGGAUCCACAGUAUACCUUCUACAGGGAUCCACAGUACACCUUCUACAGGGAUCCACAGUACACCUUCUACAGGAAUCCACAGUACACCUUCUACAGGGAUCCACAGUACACCUUCUACAGGGAUCCACAGUACACCUUCUACAGGGAUCCACAGUACACCUUCUACAGGGAUCCACAGUACACCUUCUACAGGGAUCCACAGUAUACCUUCUACAGGGAUCCGCAGUACACCUACAGGGAUCCUUAG